AUGAAAAAGAUUGAUCUGUCAUGGAACAAGCUUGAGUUUGACAUGACCAAAGUCAGGUUUCCCUACCGCCUGAAUUAUUUGGACAUCAGCCAUAACCAUAUCAAGGGAGGGGUGUCCAAGUCCCUGAAGGAUAUAAAUCUUCUACACUUCAAUGUCAGCUACAACGAGCUCUGUGGUGAGAUACCGACCGGAAGGUACAUGGUGUACCACCAAGCAGAUUCCUAUGUUAACAACAAGUGCCUCUGUGGCACACCCCUGCCCCACUGCAAGAAACGGCAGUAG